AUGUGCUUCGAAUGCGACACCUGGUUCACUGACCCGGGAGAGUGGGAACUUCAUUGCUUUGAGCAUUUGCAGCAACCAGACAUGCUCCUUCGCUGUGAUCCACUUAUGUUUCGCAGCGCCCCUAUCAAAGCAGGAUUUUGUCCCUUCUGUCUUGGAAAUAAGCAUCUUGACCUAUCAAAAAGAAUGACUCAAUUUGUCACAAACCGGUCCGAAUGCAUCCUGCUUGUCAGCUGGAUUUUAACAGCCAAGAGCUUCUACUUCAUCAUCUUAUUGACGCUCAUUGCUGGAUCCUGGGGAAAGCGCCAUCCAAGAAAAGGAAACAUGAAUCAUGUACGUAAGUAG